GAAGAGGGCUGUCAUUUCUCUCCAAUAUCAGUGAAAGUGGUUGACGACAGGCUAUGGAAGUUAGUUCGAGUUCUUUCAUUCGUAACUUAUGAGUGUAUGAUAAAUUAGUAAGUUUAACUUUUAAAGAAUGCAUAGACAAAUUAGUAAGAAUAAAUUUCAUUUUCGCAAAGCGUGGAUUUCAUUGAAAACAUUCGUUGAAGGCGAUGCAGUAAAAUGUCAGAAUUGCAGUAAUUUCACUAAAUUCCAUUCAUCAGUGCAAGUGACAGUGUCUCCGUGGCGCUUUCAACAGCAGUUCCUACGUGAAAACCAUUCGUUUUCAAUCCUAGCGCGCACUCUGCCUACCCCUUUGUGGUUCACGAAUCUACCCCUCGUGGUCACAAAUCCAAGUCGGUCAGUGUUGCAGCAACCGUGUCGUGAUCACUGCGGAUUGGUUGCUCGUAGACCACACUCACUUCCAUCGACAGUGCACGGAAUUGAUUUCCACAAAUUUUGCAUAUGUGACCGGCUUUAUCAAAAUAUCAGUCACACGAUAUACAAUUGCUCUGUAGUGCAAUUUUGUAGCGUGUCAAGUCGGACUGAUAGUUGUAUGAGUAAUCACCCGUCGGUUCGAGAUAAAAGUACUAGUAACACAAGUGAGAAAUUUCCUGUCUGCGGUGAAUCCGACAAGAUGUCAUCCAAACCAGCUUUCCAGAGACUGCCUACAAAUGUGGUACCGGAACAUUACAAUCUGUCGUUGAAACCGAACCUAAAGUCGUUCACGUUCGAGGGAAAAACUUCGGUUCAAGUCCAGAUAAAGUCUCCCACCGAUCGAAUAACACUAAAUGCGCUGGACUUGGAAAUUCGUAAAGCUUCAAUUAAGCAUGGCACCGAGCAAACUGUAUUGGUGGCCAGCGAGACGCAGUUCUGCGGUGAUCAGGAAACGGUGUGUUUCAUUUUUCCAUCCGAGAUUCCGGCGGGAUCAGCAACGUUGGACGUGGAAUUCACCGGAGAACUGAAUGAUAAGAUGAAAGGAUUUUAUCGGAGCAAAUAUUUCUCACCAUCUGGUGAAGAGAGAUUUGCCGGAGUGACACAGUUCGAGGCAACGGACGCACGGAGAUGCUUUCCAUGCUGGGAUGAACCUGCAAUCAAGGCUACCUUCGACAUCACACUAACAGUACCAAAGGAUCGCGUAGCAUUGUCGAACAUGCCAAUAGUGAGCGAAAGCGAAUGUGACGAUUUGAGAGUGUUGAAGUUCGAUAGAACUCCUAUAAUGUCUACCUAUCUGGUAGCUGUCGUCGUCGGAGAGUUCGAUUUUGUGGAAGGUAAAACGAAAGAUGGAGUGCUCGUACGAGUAUACACACCGAUUGGGAAAAACGAACAAGGUUCAUUCGCACGUGAUGUUGCUAUUGAAGUUCUUCACUAUUACAACUCCUAUUUUGCUAUUGAUUAUCCUUUACCGAAGAUGGAUUUGGUAGCAAUAUCCGAUUUUUCGGCUGGUGCUAUGGAGAAUUGGGGUUUGGUAACCUACCGGGAAACGUUCGUUCUGGUCGAUUCGGAAAAUACUUCACUGAUCCGAAAACAAUCAAUCGCUCUGACCGUUGCUCACGAAAUUGCUCAUCAAUGGUUCGGAAACCUUGUCACGAUGGAGUGGUGGACCCACCUGUGGCUCAAUGAAGGCUAUGCCUCAUUCGCAGAGUUUUUAUGCGUUAAUCAUCUGUUUCCAAGCUACUCUAUUUGGAACCAGUUUAUAACGGACAUGUAUACGCGUGCCUUAGAGUUAGACUGCCUCAAAAACUCUCAUCCCAUCGAGGUUCCUGUCGGUCACCCAGCUGAAAUCGACGAAAUUUUUGAUGAAAUCAGCUAUAAUAAGGGUGCCAGUGUAAUUCGGAUGCUUUAUCAUUACCUUGGUGAUGAUGACUUCAAACGAGGAAUGCAUAUUUAUCUAACACAACAUAAGUAUAAAAACACCUGCACUGAAGAUCUUUGGACUGCGUUUGAACAAGCGAGUAAUAAACCGGUUGAAAGUAUUAUGUCCACUUGGAUUAAACAAAUGGGAUUUCCGGUAGUGAGGAUUGUUGCUUCCGAACAGAAAGGGAACACCAGAACCCUCAAAUUGGUCCAGGAGAAAUUCUGCGCCGAUGGUUGUCAGUCGGAGAAACAGUGCCUCUGGAUGAUCCCUAUAAUAAUCUCAACCUCGAAAAAGGCUCACGCUCACUCGUUUAUAAUGGACAAAGAAUCGGUUGAAAUUACCAUCGAUGCCGUCGAACCGAACGAGUGGGUAAAACUUAAUCCUGCAUCUAUUGGAUACUAUCGAACCCAAUACACCGCAACGCUUUUGGAUCAGUUUCUACCAGAAAUCAGUAGUAACAAAAUGCAGCCACUGGAUCGACUCGGAUUGCUGGACGAUCUGUUUGCCUUGGUACAAGCUGGUAGGAGCUCUACGGUUGAUGCGUUAAAAGUGAUGGAGGCUUGUCGGAACGAACACGAUUACACUGUAUGGUCAUCGAUAACCAAUUUUCUGUCCAAGCUGCAGCUACUGCUGGCUAACACUCCGGUUGAGAAGCAGCUAUUGCAGUACGGUGUCCGACUCUACCAAACGGUAGCCGAUGAACUUGGCUGGACCGUCAAACCGGAUGAAAGUCAUUUGGAUACUUUACUGCGCCCACUUGUUCUUAGCCGACUUGUUUCGUUCCACUGUCCUAAAACAACGGCAGAGGCUAAAAGGAGGUUCGAGGAACAUGCGAAUGGUAAAAACAUACUGCCAGCCGAUCUGAGAAGCACUUGCUACAAGGCGGUACUGCAGAAUGCCGAUCUGACAACGUUUAACGAAAUGUUACGCCUGUACCGUGCCACAGAUCUUCACGAGGAAAAGGAUCGCAUUUCCCGAGCACUUGGUUCAAUUGGCGAUGUUGAUAUUCUUCGCAAAGUAAUAGAUUUUGCCAUGUCGGAUGAAGUACGAGCCCAAGAUGCGGUUUUCGUUAUCGUCUCAGUUUCGAUGAAUCCGAAAGGGCGCGAUAUGACAUGGGAUUAUUUCAAGGAGAAUUGGAAAGUUUUGCUGGAUCGUUAUGAGGGAGGAUUUCUACUGUCAAGACUGAUCAAAUACCUUACCGAAAACUUCUCAACUGAAGAACGAGCGCUGGAGGUGGAAAAAUUCUUUGAAGAGCACGAAUUCCCAGGAACGGAACGCACAGUAUCGCAAUCUAUCGAGACUAUUCGACUGAAUGUAGCAUGGUUGAAGCGAGACCUUGAGGGAAUAUCCGGUUAUCUAAAAGAAUAGAUCUAAUUGGUGAUUCAACAUCUAGUUUGGUACAAAAAAAUCUGUCGUAUUCUAUUGCAUGAAAACCAUAUUAGUCUAUUGCAUGCCAUCCAUUCUUAUUCCAGGAUAUUUUGGAAAUCCAUAUCCUGUUGUUUUUCCUUUCAUCCAAGAUGAAAGCCAAAGCUUUGCGAACUAGCAGUGCCAGUAGUUUAAAAUUUGAAAAACAGCAUCAUGCUUUAUAUAAAUUGAAUGCAUUUUAUGUAGCUAUGAAAUAUUGUUUUAUUACUAAUAUAUUGCGACAAGAGUUUGUUAAGAGAAGCUUGGUAGCAUAGUACAGUAUACUCAAAGUCUUCGUAUUUUAGUCGAGAAAAUACCUUUUUUUUUCGGAAUAGCAGAAUGUCGUAAUUAUUUGUAAGUUGUUGAGACAUGCAAUUGAAAAUUGUAAAAGUACUAUGCUCAUAUUUGUUGUCUGUAGUGAAAUACCUACUAAUCACAUAUAGAUAAUAAACUAAUUUUGAAGCAGGAUAUCAUA